UUGACUUCCAGGAUUACCUGGGGAUUUUUGGGGAUGUCUUAAAGGGUUUACCCCAAAAAACUUUUUGUCUUACAGGUAAUCCCUUUGACUUUUGGUACCUACCUCCUUGAGAUUCCUAGGUAACCCCGUCUAGUAUAUAAGACCUAUAAUAAUCUUGACACCUCACACUCUUCACCAGUCAACCGAACCAUCGACAUGUCCACCAGCCUAUCCGAGUUCUAUCAAUCCUCACUGAUCUUCUGGAGCCAUCUGAUCCAUCUAUUGCUGCAGUUCAUCCAGAUCAAUUGCUGGAACCACUCAAAACAGGAUCAGGAGGAGCCACAUAUGCAUUCCAGUGCGAUCUCCAGGACCAUGGAGGCCUUUGCGGAGGAGCAACAGAGGAGGGUGCAACUGAAGGCCCAGGAGUACGCCAAAGUGGAGCUACUGCAUCGCCUGCUCGUCCAGCAGCAACUGCAGGAACUGGAGCAGCGCAGACUCAUCCGAUUGGCCCUCGCCCGUAGGCGGCUGGAGUACUCGAGUUAAACAAUCCGAACAAUUAGCUCAUAAUUUAUUUAGAUUUAUAAUUUACGCUUAGAUUAUGCCCAAGUAUUUGCAAUUUUUAAGUGGCCACAUAAUGAGUGCCAACGAGGCAAAUA